CCCUCACAUUGUCUGCUGACCUUUCACAUUUCCACAGUAGCUGGGAGGGAUUGUGCGUUUUUUCCGUUCUUUGUUAAAAAAGUUCCCCCACCCCUAGUUUUAAACUUGAAGGCAGUUCAAAGGGGUUUCUUAAAGACUCUCAGUAAGCACUUAGAAGCUGAAGCAGAUCUGUGUGUGGAGAAUAGAGGACCAUGGCAAAAAGGCUGUGUGCUUUAAUAAGUCUUCUUGGGCUGAUCAGUUUGGUCACCACUAAUUUGGUCAAGCCGCAUAUCUAUACCGCUGGAUCUUCCCAUAUAGCCUCAACACUUGAAGUCCAUGGGAUAUCUACCUUUGUUCAUGGUCUACCUGGGCAUGAGGACACAAUUGAGAGCAAGGAUGUUUUACACCAUGGAAAUAGGCAUUCACCGAAAACGAACUUACCUGACAGCCAGGGGACAAAUUCUUCUCCUUUGACAGGACCACCUAAACCAAAAAGAGGAAAAUGGUGUUCAGUGGUUAAAAGCCAAAUGGUAUCUUAUGUGGAUUUGUGCAGAACAGAGAAAUAUGUGAUACGAUCUCAGCAGCCCUGUCCCUUUGGAACCCCAGACUGCCAAAAGACUAUGUACAGACUCGCUCGGAGACCAGUUUAUGAAAUAAAAAGAAAAUUCAUCACCGGCUUAGAGUGGAAAUGCUGCCCUGGAUAUACUGGCUCCACAUGUGAAUAUUCUGAUCCCAAUUCUAUUUCUAUUCCUCGGGAACAAACUUCUAAAGCUGAGGAAACACAGGAAGCCCCAGUAAUUGCAGAGGAAACAGAAAUCAUUCAAGCAGUAGAAAGCCAAGAAAGUCUGCUGGAGGAUAUACAGAAUGACAUUCACCAGGCUACCAGUCAUCUCAUGGAGCUACAGAAUGCUUUGGGACAUAACAUUUCUACUGACUUUAUCAUGAGCCACAACGAAACAGACACUGCCGAAGAUAAAGUUUUGGAAGUAGAUGAUCGCCUCCUCCGGGAUGUGUUUUUACCACAUGUGGAAAACUUCCUAAAGGCUCAUUUUAACCCUGUGUGGAACAGCUUCAACAAAAGUCUCCAGAAUCUGAAUAAUAUGGUCAAGAACCUCUCUGAAAAUGUUGAAUCGAACAGAAAGAGAUUAGAUACAUUCCUGGAGAACACUGUACCCAAGAAAGACCUUUAUGAGCUGGGAACAAAAUUUGAAUCAAAGAUUCAGGAAAACGUGGACAAAGUUGAGCAGCUAAAACAGGAAAUGGCCAACCAUUUUCAUACACAGCAGGCUGUAAUCCACUUUAACUUCACCAUGCUUAAAACAGACACGGACAUGAAGUUAAAGAGGAAUUUGAAGAUGCAACAGGCACAGUAUUCCUAUUUGAACUUUAGCAUUAGUGAACUUCGAAGGGGUCAGGAGCAAAUUCAGGAUGAUCUAUUAGAUAUAUCUCAAAAUAUCACAUUACAGUGUGGAUCAAGAGAAGGGGAAGUUGUAUCAAUUACAAGUCCCCAGAUUAACGAUACUCUAAAUAUGCAUGAGAAAGAACUUCAAGAAUUACUAACAGAGCAAGAUGUAAUUUUUGAGAAUAUUUCUACUCUGGAAAAAUGGAUUAAAGAGCUUCGCACAGAGACCAAGAAAAAUACUGAAAGAGUACAGGUUCAGUUCAUGGAGAAAAGUCUCAUUAUGGAGGAAAACAAAGUCUUAAUUCAACGACAAAUAAUGGAACUCAACUACACUAUUGCCAGUAUACAAGAUAGUAUUGAUGAGCUAUUCAAGGAUUGCGACUGUCACAAAAUGAACGCAGACAUUCUUGCACUUGUGGAAAUACAGAGGAAUUUCUCUAACCAGUAUAGAGACAUUUUGUAUGGAAUUGAAGAUGUGAAACAAAAAGAAGGAAGUUCAAAGAUAUCAUUGCAAAAUUCAGUUGAAGAUCUCUCAUUGGAACUCCAGCUUAACCGUCAGUCUCUAACAGCCCAACAAGAACAGGGACGGAAGCUUAUGCUUGUCACCACUCAGCUGCAAUCUCAAGCUACAAACUUUACUGAUGACGUUAGAAUUCUCAGGUUAGAAAAUGAUCAGAUUAAUAAUCAUAUCAAACAUCUGUACAGUUCAUUCAGUUCUCUAUUGGAAGACGCAAUAAGACAUGAGAGAGUUCUAGAAGCACUGCUGGGUGAAGAAGUUCUAGACGUUUUCUCAGAAGAUAACCCUGAAGCAAUGCAUGUAUCAAUAGCAAAAAUUUAUGAAGAACUAAGUAAUAAUGUGGACAGGAUAGACAGGCAUCAGAUAACAAUUGAUUCUAUUUCCGACCGACUGAAUUUCCUGGAGAUGCAGAUACAGAAAGACAGUACACCAGCUACAGCCACCGUCUUCAAUGUUGAACAACACACUGAGGGAAAGAACGAUUAUAGUCCCUUCCAGCAAGGUAAUUUAGCUCAUAUGGAACCAAGCCAUGAAGCAUCAAGGGAUACUGAUGAGUCUGAUUAUAAUGAUGUUGCCAUCUUGAAAAAGGACAUAAAGAAUCUUAGUGAGAAAAUGAACAAGCUGGAGUCUUAUUUUGCUGAAAGAAAUAUUUAUAGCAAUGAUACCAUUGAAACUACAUUAAAACAAUUCAGUUCUUCAAUUCCCUCCAUUAAAGAGGACAUUGCAAACCUCAGAGGUUUUUAUAAUGAACAUAUACAGUUAUUCCACAAAAUCUUUGGAAAUUAUGAAGUUCUACUUUCCUCCAAUGUAUCUCUCGACCUUGCUCAGAUUCAGUCUAUUAUUGAUAAGAAAACAAAAAAGAAAAUGAAAGCAUCAGAAUUACAGAAUAGAAAAGGUGAUAAAAAGCAGAGGAAUGACCACUCUGUCUAAACAUGAAAAAUAAAUCAAGAGUCUCAAUAUGCAUUCAAUUCUGGCUUUAGAAGGGAGCACAAGGAAUCCACAAUGAUAACAUUAUGUAUAAUGUAAAACCAUGGAAAUCAUUUCCCCAAAGAAGAUGGCCAUUUCACAGCACCUUACAGUGGGAGACUUCGUUGCAAUCAGCCUUGGUUUUGGUGCUGGUGAUACCCUGGGAUUUCUGUAUGUUGGAGAAUAUAAAACACUUCAUUUUUUUGCAUUGGCAGCACUCAGCAAGCAGAAGGCCUUGUGCAACAAUUUACUGCAACAGUUCUACUGAAGAAAAUUAGAAAAGCUGGUUUCAGUUAUAUUAUUAGAACUUCAUCAAUAACAACACAUAAGGAAUGUUUUUUGUUUUUUUUUGCCUGGUUUUUGGAACACAAUAUUUUUUUAAUAUAGCUGCAAACAAAUUUUAUUAGCUACAUUUUAAAAAGUGUAGCACCUGAGAAGAGAGGAUCUGAAUCUACCAUUUUAUGAUGAACAUUAAGGACGCUAUUCUUUAUGAACCACUGAAUGUUAAAACUGAUAUUUUUUAUAUAUAGUUCACAAAUGUUAGAUUUUUGCAUCAAGUUUUGAGUGAAGUUUUGCCCAUUUUUUUUUUUUUUU